AAAAAAUUAAAGAUGAUGAGCAAAACUUUGACCAGAAAUUUAAGGCGCUCCUUUGGAACCAGAAUGAUGCCCAAACAGACUCAGCUGUUUAUUGACGGCAAGUGGGUUAACUCAGCUAAUGAAGGCAUUUUCGAGACUAUCAACCCUUACACUGCAGAAUCAAUCACUAGUGUCCAAAGAGCAUCAGUCGAAGAUGUUGAUAGGGCUGUAGAUGCAGCAAGGAAGGCAUUUGAUAACGGUCCAUGGAGAAGAACGAGUGCUUCUGAGAGAGGAGAUCUUUUGUUCAAGUUAUCGCAUUUGGUUAAGCAGAAUUCAGAAGAAUUAGAGUAUCUAGAAGCUUUGGGCAAUGGAAAAUCUGUUAAUGUUGCUACAGCUGGAUGCACAGUUGUCAUGAAGACUGCCGAACAAACUCCUCUCUCAGCUCUCAGAGUCGGAGAACUCAUCAAAGAGGCUGGGUUCCCUGAUGGUGUUGUCAAUAUCUUGUCUGGAUUUGGAGAAGAUGCCGGUGCACAUUUAGUCAGACACCCAGGAGUUGAUAAAGUUGCUUUUACAGGAUCAACUGAGGUUGGCCUUAACAUCAUGAGAAAUAGCUCUAUAUCAGGCCUCAAAAGAGUCACUCUUGAACUUGGUGGAAAGAGUCCAUUUAUUAUCUGUAAAGAUGCCAACAUUGAAGAGUCGAUCCAGCAAGCUAACUUUGCAUUAUUCUUCAACUCAGGACAAGUUUGUAUUGCUGCUUCAAGACUGUUUGUUCAUGAAAAGAUUUAUGAUGAAUUCGCUGAAAAGUCUGCGAAGCUUGCUUCUAAAGCUGUGCUUGGUAAUGGUCUGGAUCCUAACACAACACAAGGCCCACAAAUAUCCAAAGAACAACAAGAUAAAAUCUGGGGAUACAUCCAAAAAGGAAAACAAGAAGGAGCCUCUUGUCUUACCGGUGGUGAAGAGUAUGAAGCUAACAACACUGAAUACGGACUUGCUGCUGGUGUAGUGACUCAAGAUAUCGGAAGAGCUUUUCAUAUUGUAAAUGGACUUAGAGUUGGAAUUGUUUUCGUCAAUAGUUAUCAUAGCAAUGAUAUUACAUGUCCCUUCGGAGGAUUCAAGAACUCUGGUAUUGGAAGAGAAAACGGAAUCACAGGUUAUGAUCCUUAUCUCGAUACUAAGACAGUCAUAAUGAGUAGACCAGAAGUAUCCAUUUCUCAGUUAAUUUUUGAGAUAUAAAAAAUCAA